AGAAGAUGGUGCUGAUCAAGGAAUACCGUGUGGUAAUGCCAUGCUCAGUUGAUGAGUACCAGGUUGGUCAGCUGUACUCUGUGGCAGAAGCCAGUAAGAAUGAAACAGGAGGAGGGGAGGGCAUCGAGGUGUUGACCAACGAAUCCUACGAGAAAGAGGGAGAGAAAGGACAAUACACACACAAGAUCUACCACCUCAAGAGUAAAGUGCCAGGGUUUCUGAGGAUGAUUGCACCAGAAGGAGCCUUGGUGUUUCACGAGAAAGCUUGGAACGCCUACCCCUACUGCAGAACCGUAAUCACGAACGAGUACAUGAAAGACGACUUCCUUAUCAAGAUCGAGACGUGGCACAAAGCUGAUGACAUGGGGCACCAAGAGAAUGUCCAUCAACUGGACGAAGAAACAUGGAAGACAGUAGAUGUGGUGCCAAUUGACAUUGGAGACAAGACACAAGUAGAACAUGCGGACUACAAGCCUCAUGAAGACCCAGCCCUCUUCGUCUCUAAAAAGACAGGCAGAGGUCUUCUCACCCCAGAAUGGAAGACGGAGCUGGAAACCAAGCCUCAACAACCUCGGAUGUGUGCCUAUAAACUGGUCACGGUCAAGUUCAAGUGGUGGGGUCUGCAGAGCAAGGUGGAGCACUUCAUCCAUAAGCAAGAGAAGCGGAUCUUCACUAACUUCCAUCGCCAGCUGUUCUGCUGGAUGGACAACUGGUACGGCCUGACGAUGGCCGACAUCAGGAAGAUGGAGGAGGAGACCCAGCGAGAGCUGGAAGAGAUGCGUCAGCAGGGUUCUCUACGUGGCACGUCGGCAGCAGCAGAAGAGUAGCGCCCCCUUGUGGCGCGGGUGCACUGAGGAAAUCAGGCCAGGUACGCGGUAUGAGCGCAGCCCACGAGCAGUGAGACGCACGACGGCCACCGCUGCUACCAACACACCCAAGACCAAGAAGGAGAAGCUGGCUAUUGGUGUGUGUGUGUGUGUGUGUGUGUGUGUGAGAGAGAGAGUGAGCGAGCGAGAGUGCGUGCAUAUGUGUGUUUGUGUGUGUGUGUUUUGCUGGUCCCAGCUCUUGUAGUCUUGUCAUUGUGCAGGCCUUGCAGGGGCUGUGCCAUGAGUAUUUUGCACUAGAAGUGAUUUUAAUAUAUUUUAAAGAGGAACAACUGAUGACCACAGCUAGAUGACUGAGACACAUUGAAUUGUUUUUAUUUCUUUCUUUUAUUUUGUCUGUUGAUUUUGUUUUUUGCAAUUUUUAUGUCUUCGAAUGCUAUUCCUGAAUGCUACGUCAUCAUCUCGG